AUGUUGUCAGAUGUCAUGACGAGCCAAACCUCCGCCGACUCCCAACCUGGGCACGAGCUCGUUUCGAUCAGUGAGACUUCUAAUUUUGCUUUAACAGCGCCUCCAUCAAAAUCCGAUACAGCUGUCGACAGUGGGAAACAGCAAACUGAAAAUUCCGAUAUUCCUCCACCAAAAACCGAUAAACCUAGGCCUCAUGUUUGCACAACGUGCGGCAGAUGUUUUGCCCGUCUAGAGCACUUGAAACGUCAUGAGCGGUCUCAUACCAAAGAAAAGCCUUUUGAAUGCCCAGAGUGCACCAGAUGCUUCGCACGAAGAGACCUCCUUCUACGACAUCAGCAGAAGCUCCAUAUGACGUCCACCCCGUCAUCCCGGCCUAAAACCGCGCGACGCGAAAGCACCAGCGGCGCCGGACCAGGAUCAACUCGGGUCCGCAAAAAUUCCAUUGCUAAUAAUGGGAACACCGGCAAUAAUAUGAGGCCGCGAGCGAAUACCAUCAGCCAUCUGGAUCGUUCGUCGCUUGGGAUCAUCGGUGUUGGGAAUCCACCUAGUUCAAGACCGCCUCAUCUCACUCACACCAGUCACCCGAGUUUAAGUUCGAUACCUGGUCUUCCUACCUACGGAUUUCGGGGCCUUCCUUCCGAGCAGCAGAAUAUCAACAACGGCUUGACAAAACUAGAUACUGGCAUUCCUAUGGACCUGACUAAUGGCCUGCGGACCGCUCCUGUUCUUGGUAGUUUCAACGAGGCAAACUUCGGGGACAUGAUAUUAAACCAGGAAAACAAUACCAUUAACCCUGCUCAAUUACAUUUUGGAUCGCCUCACCCUUUUGGUAGUGACACUGCGACAUCACCCUUCCAUCAAACAUUUUCGGGCUUGCCCUCACAGAGCAUUAUCGACGAUGAUCUCAACCCGGACUGGCUGCACGGGUUUGAGAAUACAAUGACAUUCGCCAACGCGAAUGAGUCCGCGAUUGAUGGUUCGUCACCUUCAGCCAUGAGCACAGGAAGUCAAAGCGGAAUCAGUGAAGUGAUGUUGGACGGAUCGAACCAAGCAGCGGUGAGUACCUCAGGUCCAUGGUCCAAUCCUCCGCUUGUCCAUUCCCAAACUUCGAACAACCAGUUCAACCUAGAAUUUACGUCCCCUUUCGCGGAUAUUCAAUCCGAAACUGUGUCGCCUAAGUCCCUGCUUGGACAGAACCAUUUUUCUGACCAGUCGUUCUCUGCUCGACCUACGAGGAUUCAAUCUGGAUUGUCUGGAGUACCAAACAAUAUUUUUCAUCCCCCAUUGGUCACAAACGGAGAUAUAGGGGAUUCUUCCGGAACAACCGGACAUAACAACUUUGCACCCAAUUCCACGUCGUCGAUGUCCACGGAAACCAUUACCGAGUCCACUCGCCAAGCUCUACUGGCUAAUCUACAUCAGCCUUCGGGUAUCUCUCAUCGUCGAUUCUCCCAGCCAACAAACGCCCAAUUUUCCUGCCCCAGCACAAUCCCCCGUCAACACUCUGUUAACAGUAACGCAUAUGCUCUUCCGAGUACAAUUGAUCUCCAACGUUACAUCGCAGCAUAUGUCACCUAUUUUCAUCCACACAUGCCCUUCCUCCAUAUUUCCACUUUGGAUUUUGAUUCUCCCGAAUACUCUGGAAGCCUAAAAAAUCCUAGUGGACAACUAAACUCUGGAUCGCCUCCUGUUGCUGGGGGAGGAUGUUUGAUUCUCUCCAUGGCAGCCAUUGGUGCUUUGUACGAAUUCGAAACCGCGACAUCCAAGGAACUCUUUGCAUCUGCAAAAAAAAUGAUUCAAGUAUACCUUGACGAGCGGAGAAAGGCAGACAUAUCUGCUGCACUUAACCGAUCAAGCUCCCCUCGCGACAAUUCCGUUCGCAAUACUCCACUAUGGCUAGUUCAGGCAAUGCUCUUAAAUGUCAUAUAUGGGCAUAACAGUGGUGACAAAACCUCUGCUGACAUUGCGAAUACGCAUUGCGCUGCUUUGGUUAGUUUAGCCCGGGCUGCGGAAUUGACCCACCCCAUAAUGGCCGAAAACCUCCCUCCUGAUCAACUUGGAUAUACCCCUGGAGGGGGUGAUAUGCAUAUGGAUGGUAUAAAUGCCCAAGCGUGGCAUGACCAUAGAGAAUGGAUGCGGUGGAAAUUAGUAGAAGAGCGAAAAAGAACACUUUAUGCUAUUUUUACUUUGUCGAGCCUUUUGGUUUCUGCUUACAACCAUUCUCCGCCGCUUAUGAACUCGGAAAUUCGCCUUGAUUUACCAUGCGACGAACAACUCUGGGCUGCAGAAUCCGCUCAGGCUUGGGCAUCAUUAGGUGGAACAACGGCUCAUCAUAGGGAAAUACCGUUUUCUGUGGCCCUGACAACGCUCCUUACCGCUAGUCACCGACGACAAUCGGGCUCCCCGCAACAAACGCAUUUUAGCGCAAAUGCUCCCGGCGACGAUCACCCUCAAAGCGAUGUGAAACCAAGUACGUUUGGCUGUUUGGUACUGAUACAUGCCUUGCAUAACUAUAUCUGGGAAACUCGACAGCGACACAUUGGCCGUCCUUGGACGCCACAAGAGACAGAGGCAAUGCAUGCCCAUAUUGAACCUGCUCUUCGGGCUUGGCAGGCGGCAUGGAGUGCCAACCCUAGACAUAGUCUUGAGCGGCCAAACCCGUACGGCCUGGGACCUCUAUCGGCAGAUAGCAUACCUCUCUUGGACCUUGCUUAUGUUAGAUUAUUCGUUAACUUGGGUCGAUCCAAGGAAGCGUUCUGGCAAAGGGAUUGGAACGGCAUGGCUGACGAACUGGCAAGAGGAGCGGAAAUUAUUCAACAUGCAGAUGACCCUAGAGCCGACUAUCCUUCCCAGGACCACCGGCUUGAGGGAGGAAAUCAAGCCGGCGGCAGGCGAGCUUCCAUUAGUGAAUACGGCGUAGCAGAUUUGACACUCACUGGUAACGUGAAUCAAGAACAUAACAUGCAGAACAAUAUUUCGCAGCAGCAGAUAGAAGCAUCAAGACGCGAACGUCAUCUUCGAAAAGCAGCGUUCUACGCGGCUGACUCGAUAUCUAUGUCUGAUAAGUUAGGAAACACCUAUGCUGAGUUCACGUCGCGGGAGCUUCCUAUCCAAAGCGCAUUGUGUGCGUUUGACUGUGCCCAGAUCUUGGCCGAAUGGGUAACUACAAUUCAAGAACGCAUUGGUCCGUAUCUCGGGAUUUUAGGACAGGAUGCGAUGGAUUUGACCCAAGUUCCCGGAAUAAUGCUACUGGAAGACGAAGAUUACAAGCUGAUUCAAAAGAUCCAAGAAAUCCUUAGCAAUGUUGAGGUAAAAAUGAAGGAUGUUUCGCAUCAUCCUGGUACAUCUGGAAACGAGCCAUCUAAUUGUCUGCCCAGCUUGGUCGAUGGCGGUUUUGGUACAAAGAUUCUGUUCUCGACGGCUUACCUUCUGGACAGGGCGGCUGUUUGGCCAGUUACAAAAUUGAUGGCUCGGGCCCUCGAGACUCAGGGACUCCGGAUGAGAGAGAGGGCGCAAAACUCGGUUCUUGCUGGAUAA